CUGACGUGCCUCAAAACCCAAACACAGUACAUCUGCUAGCAAAAUGAGCAUUGUCCAGAAAGAGACUCAGGCCUGUCGUUACUGAGACCAUUAUAAGUGGUUGCUCUGAAGGUAUCGUCGGUUCUCCUCCUGUGUCGUUUCUGCAUGACGUUAAGCCGAAUCUACCGAGGGUUGUCGGAUGGUUUAACCAAAUUCUGACGUGAAGCAGUUGUUUUGAUGUGUCCAGCUUCAGGACAGGCGGCACCAUGAGUGCAGAGAUGGAUGCCCUCACAGUGGUCAACCAGCUGCGGGAUCUUGCUGCUGACCCACUGAAUCGAAGAGCAAUAGUUGAAGAUCAAGGCUGUCUACCAGGCCUGAUCCUUUUCCUGGACCAUCCAAAUCCCCAAGUUGUCUACUCUGCGUUAUUGGCUGUGCGUUACCUGGCAGAAUGUCGAGCCAACAGGGAGAAGAUGAAGGGAGAGCUGGGCAUGAUGCUCAGCUUGCAGAAUGUCAUGCAAAAGAGCACAUCCCCAGGAGAAACCAAGCUACUGGCCUCAGAGAUCUAUGAAAUUCUGCAGUCUGCUGGCAAAGAGGAGGCGGAGCAGGCGGAGGCAGCUGCUGCGUCCUGCAGACGUAAAGCCCAGUUCUUUUUGGGCUCCACCAACAAGCGGGCCAAAACGGUGGUGCUGCAUAUAGAUGGACUGGAUGACUCUACAAGGAGAAGUCUCUGUGAGGAGGCGCUGUUAAAGAUCCGAGGGGUCAUCAGCUUCACCUUCCAGAUGGCCGUCAAGAGAUGCGUCGUCCGGAUACGUUCUGACCUCAAAGCUGAAGCGUUGGGGACAGCGAUCAACUCCACGAAAGUAAUGAAAGCUCAGCAGGUGGUGAAAACUGAAGACGGAGGAGAGGUGAUCAUGCCAUUCCAGGAGGACUCGGAAGUCCUGGUGGAGGAGAACCAAGACAUCCCAGAUUAUCUGCCCGAGGAAGAGAGCCCCUCCCAGGAGCCGGACAAGGCGGUCACACGGGUCGGGUCGGUCACAGAAGGCAUGGGCUGGCUCAACACCGCCGCUAACUUCCUGACUCGCUCCUUCUACUGGUGACCACUACCUGCGUGUUUACCGGACCCUUCCCGAUGUAUCGCCCAGCCACUGCUUCUCCUGGAUCAAGCCCCACUCUAAGCCAAGACGGGGACCCCACCACGCCAGUGCAACAAGUGCUUGACUUCCAAAUGGAACCUGCAAUAACUCCUGUGUAUAUAAGAAGCAGCGUAGUCUCCCACCUCUGGCUGUGGACGCACAUCUGUACAGGCGCUACUUUGAAUAAUCUGGACACACUGGCAGAUUAUUGACUCUUGGAGGGGAUUACUAAGUAGGAGUCUGCAUGGUUUGGGUCCGAGUGGUUUUUUUUUUUUCCCCCAGACGAUAUACUUUUAACAUAUUUAUAUAAUUUCAAGCUGAUUUUUUUUCCCCUCUUCCCUCUUUUUUUGUUUUAAUUACGCAUGCUUUAAAUCGUUUGUGCCAAUCUUGCCUCAAGCCUGGAUCUCAUUAUUGUUUGUGCCUUUUUUUCCUCACAUCGCACCAUCAACAUUAUUUAUUCAUCUUUAAAAUUGGAGUGAAAUGUUUUCCAAAACCAGACUAGACGAGUUACCUUUGUCGCCACCAGCACGCAAAGCUGUGGUUUUUAAUUCUAGUUGUUCAGAUUACAUGAUGCCAUUACGUUGUUGGUCGGAUUGGUGGUUUAACCGCACAAUAUGUUUGCUUCAAUUUCGGAGUAUUCUGGACAACAUGCUGUGGAGUUGAGUUGUGGUUACUGCACAGACCUCUGGCUACCUCUGCCUCUGGUUGUAGCGCUGCAUGGCGGUCAUGCUUCCGUCUCAUUCCUGGCGUCACCCGGACUCGCUCUUUCCACGGGCCCCGCACUCGCUCAGUCGGGCCGCCAGUGUCUUGACAGCCGUCCGUGUCAGUGGUGUGUAUAGUUUGUAAAUGGUGCCUAAUUCCCAUUCCUCGUUCCUGAAACAUUUUGUUUUUUAUUGUGCUGAAUUCAUUUACAUUUUCAGGUCAUCUUUUUAUUUUUGUGCUCAUGUUUCUUCCCCAGCCGCUCGCUGCGGUGACUGACUGACAACAGGUCUAAUCGGUAGCUCCCCUGACUUGUACGUGUCGUUAACAGUUAUAACAUCCAGUGCUGACGCGGCCGCUUUUAUUGUUUCGAUGGGGCAGAAA